CGGUUGCUACCCGGGUGACGCGGGCUGGGCCCGCCCCCUGCCUGCUGGCCCCUGCACUCACUCGCGCCCGCGGCCGCCGAGCGGGUAGCAGCCGCGUCAGGGCCGUCCUGGGGCGCCGCCGGCGCUGCCCAAACGCCCCCGUCGCUCCCCACCGGCCCGCGGAGCCGCCCCGGGCCGGGGCCGCGCCAGACCAGGCCGGGCUGCGCCCGGGCGGGACCGCGCUGCCUGCAUGACCCUCCGGCGGCGCGGGGAGAAGGCGACCAUCAGCAUCCAGGAGCAUAUGGCCAUCGACGUGUGCCCCGGCCCCAUCCGACCCAUCAAGCAGAUCUCCGACUACUUCCCCCGCUUCCCGCGGGGCCUGCCCCCGGCCACCGGGCCCCGCGCCGCUGCACCUCCGGACGCCCCCGCGCGCCCGGCCGAGGCCAGCGCUGGCCGCCGCAGCCCCUCCGACGGCGCCCGCGAGGACGACGAGGAUGUGGACCAACUCUUCGGAGCCUACGGCGCCAGCCCGGGCCCCAGCCCCGGCCCCAGCCCCGGCCCCAGCCCCGCGCGGCCGCCCGCCAAGCCGCCCGAGGAGGAGGCAGACGCCGACGGCUACGAGUCCGACGACUGCACCGCCCUGGGCACACUGGACUUCAGCCUCCUCUACGACCAGGAGAACAACGCCCUGCACUGCACCAUCAGCAAGGCCAAGGUGCCCAAGCUGAUGUUCUCUCGAAAGGGCCUGAAGCCGAUGGACCACAACGGGCUGGCAGACCCCUAUGUCAAGCUGCACCUGCUGCCCGGAGCCAGUAAGGCGAAUAAGCUUAGAACAAAAACCCUCCGAAACACUCUGAACCCCACGUGGAACGAGACCCUCACUUACUACGGAAUCACGGACGAAGACAUGAUUCGGAAGACCCUGCGGAUCUCCGUGUGUGAUGAGGACAAAUUCCGCCACAAUGAGUUCAUCGGGGAGACGCGAGUGCCCCUGAAAAAGCUGAAGCCCAACCACACCAAGACGUUCAGCAUCUGCCUGGAGAAGCAGCUGCCGGUGGACAAGACGGAGGACAAGUCCCUGGAGGAGCGGGGCCGCAUCCUCAUCUCCCUCAAGUAUAGCUCGCAGAAGCAGGGCCUGCUGGUCGGCAUCGUGCGCUGUGCACACCUGGCCGCCAUGGACGCCAACGGCUACUCGGAUCCCUACGUGAAAACAUACCUGAAGCCAGAUGUGGACAAGAAAUCCAAACAUAAGACGGCCGUAAAGAAGAAGACCCUGAACCCCGAGUUCAAUGAGGAGUUCUGCUACGAGAUUAAGCAUGGGGACCUGGCCAAGAAGACCCUGGAGGUCACUGUUUGGGAUUACGACAUCGGAAAAUCCAACGACUUCAUUGGUGGUGUUGUGCUGGGCAUCAAUGCCAAGGGCGAGCGCCUGAAGCACUGGUUUGACUGCCUGAAGAACAAAGACAAGCGGAUCGAACGCUGGCACACACUCACCAAUGAACUCCCUGGGGCCGUGCUCAGCGACUGACCAGCCCCCACCUGCCACCGCACCCGUCCUUGCCUGUCGCUUGGCCCAACACAGGCCUGGCCCUGGGCUUCCUCAGCUGCUACCAAGGGCCUCAGCCCCCACGUUGGGGGAGAUCCAGGACACCUGUUCGGACACAGAACCGCCGCAGCCCCCACUUGGAGGCCACAGAGGGCCCGGCCACUGCGAGGAACACCGAGGGCAGAGGGCCAGGCCUCCUUUCAGCCCCUGGGGCCUGAUAGGGCCAGAGGUGAGAGGAGAGGAGCUUGGCCUCCCACCCCAGCGACAGGGAAGGGGCCGUCCGGGAGGCGAGGACCCUACUAGAGGUCAGCAGUAAGUCACAGGGGACCCGGGCUGAGAGGACGGGAGUGCAGGGGCGCCUUGAUGGGGUCAGUGAGAACUCCUGAGGGAGACAUUAGGAGGGAUGUGGGAGGAGGAGGUUGGGGACAGGACUCUGACUUCAUCUGUCCAUCUCUGUCAUUACUGGGCAGGUGGGAAAAAGUUGACCUGAGAGCCAGGAAUCUAGUGAAGUUCUCAGAAGCUCCCAAUGAACAUGGGCACUUGGCACUUGAGUGAAAUGCUUCACUCGAGGAUUUCACAAGCCCCUGGGGACAAAUGAAACCCAGGGCCCGCCCUCAGGGAGUUCCUGGCCUAGUCAGGGAGCAGGAAACGAAUCAUUACAGUGGACUGAGGACUGUCAAGGCCAGCCUGACCUACCUGCUAGUGUUCUGGAUUCUGCUGGGAAGGCAGGGAGGGCUUCGUGGAGGAGGCCAUGCUGCAGCAAGGCCUGGAAGGGUCGUGGCGUGUUCAGGCAGACAAACACGAAGGGGCCUGCGGGCAGUGGAAAUGGCCGGCAAAGGCCUGCAGAGGAGAGAAGGGGCCAGGGACUCCGGGAAUCUCUGGGGCACAGGGUUUGUUAGGACAGCAGUGGGGCCCGGGAGGGAUGGCACCCAGUCCCGUUCCCUCCCCGUCCCUGGCUGUCAGGCCAGCAACUGUGGGGAAUCAUGUUGGUGCGGCCACAGGUUCAGUCCUCAGACCCAGUUGUCCACCUCUGAUCACUCUGUGCCCCUGAGAAGCCUAGAGGAUGGAUCCUGCCUCUUGUUCUUCCCAGAGGAAGCAUCAGGUCAACUGCAGUCAAGACAGAAAAGGGUCCCUUGUUUUGCAUGAAAAGCAAAAUUCCUCCUUGUCUUCCCACUCCUCUUCCCUUGCUCUGCCUCCCUGACCUUCAGGGUUUGGGACUGGGUAGCGGGGGGACCUCAGGUGGUUGCCUACGCAUCCUGGCCCAAUUGUGGCCACUGAUGUCCCUCUCAGGAAUACUUGGCAACAGCCCAGAGCCUUGCUUCUGGGAAAGCAGAGAGACACCCUGCCCAGUAGGCCUGUUUGUGCCCUGGGUUAGUCUCCAAGGGGGUUGAAGGCUUGGGGCCUGGGUCUGAAGCCCCAGACUUUCCCUGCCUACCAAGGGGCCAUCAGGAAACCUGGGUGAGCAACUGCAUAACCAAAGGGCUUCUGUGUUCGACCCGUCACGGCACUGAUGGGAAACAGCCCAGAGAGGGAAAGUAACCUGCCCACGGCCUUGCAGCCUAACCACAGCCGGGGCCGGCCAGGCUCCACAGCCCCUGCCCCACUCCCAGCCCAGGCUCUGGACACCACAUUUAGGGGAAGUAGUGUGCUGGGCUCACACACAAGAGGUCCUGCUAGCUGCCUGCCUAGCGCCGUUCCCUGCCUGCUGCCCACACACACCAACAUCAGCAGCAGGGCUCACAGGGACACACGGGUUGGACCUGCUGCUGCAAACACAAAGCACACUACCAUCUGAGGCCUGGGGUGAGGAUGUGACUCCCACAAAGUGCCCAUCAGCCCUUUCCCAGUUUGCAGGGAACCCAGGACUCCAGCCCCCACACAGUACCUGGCAAACUUUGCUGGUCGUGGAAUGUUGGUUUUCCCGUCUUUAAGAAGGCUUUGUGUGUGUUGAGAGUUUUACAUGCACUGUUUUGAAUUUUCACAGUCCUUGUGUCUGGGUGAACUCUGGGUAUCUUCUUUGCUUUUGGAGGGCCUCACUCGGAGAAGAGACUCAUGGCCUUUCUGUGAAGACACGGAAAUGCUGAAUGGCAAGGCUACACGGGGCUGUGAGAUACAGAGGGAAGCAGGCCCAGCUGGGACAAGAAGCCCGGACUCCUAGCACCCAGCCCAGGGCCCACUGCUGCUCCAGGCUGUGCAGGUGUAGACUGGGCCCUGAGAGGUGGUCCCAGCUGACCACAGGCUGGGAGGCGGGGCUUUUGCACAGCCAGCCCAGGUGGAGGAUGGGGCGCUUGGACGGAAGGGCCCCCAGAGAGGGACAGAACCCUGGCGCUGUUCUAGACCACUUGCAGAAUGCAUCUGUUAAAGAAAAGGCUCUUUGAGAAGCUGCAAAGCUCUGCCUUUAACCCCAAACUGGCGUCUUUCCUCUGACCCAUUAGACCCACAAAAAUGGGAAAUUUGACACCAAAAAAGUCAUUCCAAACGCAGGUGUCAAUAACCGGGGGUCUCCCCAGGCGCGCCACCCUACUCCACCGCCUUCCUUCCUGGUCUCCCCCCACCCACCCACCAUCACCACUAGCCAAUCCCUGACGGGCCCGUCUUCCAACACUGAAGCGGUAACCUCCUGACCUCUAGUGGUGAGAGCGAGGAACUGCGCCUCCCGGCCCGUGCAUGUCCAGCCUUUGUUCCUUCCCAACCGACAGAACCUCCCAAUGCAUGGACUCUGGCUGUCGUCGACACAGACUCGUGCACUGCUUAACAACGUUUUUGCUACCAUAUGAUGGCUGCAGAAACCGUCCUUAAACUGCAGCCCCACACACAAUUUUUGUACUUUCGUCUGGCCUACCCAAAGGUAUCCUUUUUAAGUCUUAUUUGUUAAUAUUUAUAAUAACAUAUAAUCCAAAGUAAAUGAAAACGUUCAUUGUGA